GUGGUAUGCGUGCGUAUGGAAGGGAUCGGUGGUUUCGUCGCGUGUGCUGUAUAUGGUUUAUCUUGUUCUGCCUGAGAGGUCUGUGUCCUGAACUACUUCUGCAGAGCUUCCAGUCAAGACAAGCUUCAGGAUGAUCACAGAGCCAUACAUCGACAAACUGGUCGCUGACUCGGCGGCCUUCUUGCGCAAUGUGCCACUGCACCAGAUGGCGCACGAGGUGCUGACCGUGCCGGACGUGGUGGCCGAGAUCCGCGAUAAGGCGACGCGCGAGCGUCUUCAGGUGCUGCCGUAUGACCUGAAGCUGAGGGAGCCGAGCGACGAAUGCGUCCGCAUCAUCUCCGACUUCGCCAGGGAGACGGGUGACUUCCGCUUCCUCUCGCUGACGGACGUGCGCGUGCUGGCGCUGACGCUGCAGGUGACGCGCGAGACGGUGGGCGCGGCGCACUUGCGCGGCGGCGACUCCGGCGGGGCGGACCCGGCUGAUGAGUGGAGGGACGCUGGCGGGGGCGGUGCGGCCGACCAGGACGCGGCCGAGAACGCCGACGAUCCGCCCAGCGAGGAGAUGUUUGACGCCAAGGAGACGCCCGACGACGACACUGGGGACGAGGCUAGCGACGGUGUCGACGAUGCGAGCGGGGACGAUGGCGACGGCAGUGACGGCGACGACGGCGGCUGGAUAACGCCCGGGAACAUUCAGGCAGCCAAGUCCACACUGAGCGCGCAGGCUGGCGAAACGGAAGAACCGGUCAAGGUUGCCUGCAUGACGACCGACUUCACCAUGCAGAACGUACUGAAAAAGAUGAACCUGGAGAUGGUGUCGGUGGAAGGCCGGCGCAUCAGUCAGGCGCGUCGCUUCAUCUUGCGCUGCUUCGGCUGCAUGCAGACCACGCCGCGCAUGGACAAGACGUUCUGCCCGUGGUGUGGCAACAAGACGCUCAAGCGUGUAGCCGUCACGUUGCGGCCGGACGGGACGCAGCAGAUCCACAUCUCGACGCGGAAGGAGAUCAGCAAGCGGGGCACCAAGUUCUCGCUGCCGCUGCCGCGCGGCGGCAAGUACUCGGUGUCUCCGAUCCUGUGCGAGGACCAGCCGGUGCCGCAGCGACGCGCCACCGCCCGUUCCCAGGCCCAGAACGCCAUCCUGUCGGAGGACUUCGUGGCCGGCGGAUCGCCGUUCUCGCUCAACGACGUCAACUCGCGCGCCGCCCAGCUCGGCAGGAACGCCCGCCUCAGGCACGUGCCCAACUGGGAGCGGCGCAACCCGAAUGCGCGCGCGCCACCUACCGGCAACAAAAAGAAGCGCAGGAAGUGAUAGCGUAUUGCAGAGGGUGGUGCCGUUCGUUCGCGCGUUUUUGGGUUGUGCGGGUGGUCUGACGCAAUCAGGAGGGUGCCCUCCGGUCGAAGAAAGUGUGACAGCGGUAAUUAGAUCGCGCGGUUGCCGUGACGUCAUCGGUGAUUUGGCGACUGGCGGAUCGCUGAACGACACCCACGGUGCUAAAUGACUGCCAGCUAUUGGUCUGAUGUAGUUCAUUGAGGCCUCGAAACUGGUGUGUGCUGUUUUUGCUCCGCAUUGGGUCCAAGGCUGCAUGCCUGCGUUGCCGAUCGCCGAUACAGUUCGGAUUGUGGUGCCUUGACCAGCUGCACAGCCCACGCUGCAUACAGUUGCUGCAUUUGCACCGCCUUUUGUGCACCGGUGCGUGCUGAAUCCUCGUUGGCGUCACGAAGACCGUGCUGCGCAAGGUGUCACCCUUUCUAGAUCACCCAUGUGAAAGGAACAGAGCACACUCCCUUGAACGCAAUCAUAUUGCAUUGAAACGUGAAAUGGAGCCGCGUAUUAUUUUUUGGUAUGGUCAUCUUUUGCCUCGAUCAAGGAGUUAUUCAUUAAGUGCAAGUGCUCCAUACCUUACCAAUGUGGCUCGAGGGACACGCUGUUCAAAGUGGCACGGGGAGCGCAGUUUUAGUGGAGUGGUGUCCCUUUCCCGACGAAGUCCGUAGUGGGUUUUCACUUCUCAGCUGUGUGCCUCGGAAACGAUGUGCUGAACGCGUGUGUUGAUCCGACCCUAUGUUGUCCGACGAGUUCACUAUUUGGAGCAUCAACUGCUCCGCGGUCAUACCGCACUGACGAAAUAUAAAGCUA